GAGAAGUGCGACUGCCACAUAAGUCCUCCUGCAGUUGUACUGCCCUUCACAUCCCCCACAUAAAUCGCGCUCUCCGUCUCGUCCCCUCAAAAUUAUCGUUUCUUCCGCUCCCUAGAAGACUCAACCUGCUCCCGCUGAGAUAAUCCCGCUGAGGUAAAAAUCGAUUCUUCUCCUAUCCCGUUGGGAAGAGUUCGUCUUCCGCUCACGACAAGGUUUCUUCCUGCUUCUUCUGUGCUUGGUUGAUUACAAAACAUCUGAUUGCCAUGAAAGAUAGCAGCUACAGUGACACUUCAAAUUAUUUGGGAGGGGUUCGGCAUCGUAAACACCCUAGUGAGAUGACUUUUUUCAGGUUUCUCCAGAUGCAGAUAAAGCAAAUAGAUCAAAUUUGCUUGUUAAUGACCGCAAUAAAUACAAAUCAAUGCUUAUUCGUGCUUACUCAUCAGUGUGGAUGAUAGGGGGUUUCUCUUUUAUAAUCUAUAUGGGUCAUCUUUAUAUAUGGGCCCUAAUAGUGGUCAUCCAAAUUUUUAUGGCAAGAGAGCUGUUUAGCCUUCUCAGAAGAUCCAAUGAAGAAAGACAGCUUCCAGGAUUUAGACUUUUGAAUUGGCAUUUUUUCUUCACUGCAAUGUUGUUUACUUAUGGACAUUUUCUUACCCAGCAGCUCGUUAACACUGUGACUUCAGAUAAAUUGCUGUGCCAGCUCGUCAGUGGGCUUAUCAAAUAUCAGAUGUUUAUUUGUUACUUCCUAUAUAUUGCAGGCUUUGUAUGGUUUAUUCUCACACUGAAGAAGAAGAUGUAUAGGUAUCAGUUCAGCCAGUUUGCAUGGACACACAUGAUUCUUCUAAUGGUUUUCAUACAGUCAGCUUUCACUGUGGCAAACAUAUUCGAGGGUAUCUUUUGGUUUCUCUUACCAGCAUCACUUAUUAUUAUCAAUGACAUUGCUGCAUAUUUUUUUGGGUUCUUCUUUGGAAGAACACCAUUGAUCAAAUUAUCUCCAAAGAAAACUUGGGAGGGAUUUAUUGGGGCAUCAGUCACAACGUUGCUCUCCGCCUUUGUGUUAGCAAAUAUUAUGGGUCAUUUUCAGUGGCUUACAUGUCCUAGAAAGGACUUGUCAACCGGAUGGCUGAACUGUGAUCCUGGCCCAUUGUUUAAGCCAGAAUAUUUUUCACUACCUGCAUUGAUGCAUCAAUGGUUUCCUUGGAAAGAAGUGGCAAUUUUGCCUGUACAAUGUCAUGCUUUAGCUUUUGGUCUAUUUGCAUCGAUAAUAGCACCAUUUGGAGGAUUCUUCGCAAGUGGCUUUAAAAGGGCCUUCAAACUUAAGGACUUCGGCGACAGCAUUCCUGGACAUGGUGGUAUUACUGACAGAAUGGACUGCCAAAUGGUUAUGGCUGUGUUUGCAUACAUAUAUCAUCAAUCAUUUGUCAUGCCUCCGAGUUUCUCAGUUGAGAUGUUCUUGGACCAGAUAUUAAGGAACCUUACCAUUGAGGAGCAGCAGCUUCUAUACGAGCAACUCGGGAAUUUUUUUCAAGCAAGGCAAUUGUUGCAAGCCUAGUUCCUUCUCUAAUUAGCAACCGGCUUUAUGUACAUUAUCGUUUUCAUUGUUCGCUCUCCAGAUGGGUCUUAAGAGUCAAGCAUAGCCCUUUAAACUGCAUCUCAAUUUUCUUUCUGCUUGGAAGCUCUAUGUAGUGUUGAACUUCCCACACACCUCUGCAAAGUGCUCGCACUUUUCCUUUUUGUCUAAGUACCACAUCAUUUAGUAGCUGAUCUACACUCCUAGGAUUUCAAAAGAUUUCAUAUACUUGGCAUAUUUCUCAGGCUGAAGGCUUUCAAACUGCUUUGAAAUGGUAUUAUCUCAUGUUAGCUUGCCCUAGUCCAGCAUACUGGAAACCUUGCCCAGUGUGGUUCAUUUGCCCAUGUAACAACAUUUUAUCUUGCAUAUAUGCUUCCAUAUUACAGAAAGGUCAUGUUGUUCGUUUGAUUUUAAGUUAGGGAAAGUCCAAGUACAAAAGGUCAGUCUGAAACCUUUGAUAUGGCUUCAAGGAGGAUAAAGAAUGAAUGCUAAAAUUUCAGUGA